UAGUCAAUAGCGAAGAACAGAAGGAACAAGAACAGCCGCCACACCUCUCCCCUUUCACCCUCGUCCGCUCCACAUCUCUCAAAACCCUAAUCCCUCCUACGAAACACUCUGUAGCUUCGCCUCUCCGCCGCCGGCAACACUGAAGAGAGUGAUGGCGGCGACCACCAUAUCGUCCUGCACAACGCAGAUGGUGCGAGGCGCGCACCGAUUCAAGAUCUGCCAGUACAGCUACGGGAAUGUUGGUGCGGACGUUAACGCCGAUGGUUUCAUCCGUUCCAGCACAUUCAGGGUUGGGGGAUUUGACUGGGCUAUCUUAUACUACCCGCAUGGUUACGGGGAUGACAGCGAGGGAUUCAUAUCGGUUUUCGUUGAGUUUAUGAGCAAGUAUGAUGGGGCGACGGCGCUCGUUGACCUGAGGCUGAUCAAUCAAGUCACCGGAGAGCCCAAGUCGUGGUGUUCAUUCUUCAGAGAGGAUGAGGAUCCGAUUCGGUUCAAGGCUGACAGUUUUGAAGAGGCUACAUGGGGAAAAGAGAGGUUUAUAAGAAGGGAGGCAUUGGAGGAUUCAGUGUAUGUCCGAGAUAACUGCCUUGUGAUUGAAUGUGUCAUCACUGUUUUAGGCGAAUUAAGGGUGUCUGAAACCAAAGCCUUAUGUGAAGUUCAUGUGCCUCCGCCUAACGCGCUACAGCAUUUUGGGAAGAUGUUGGAGGACACGUCUACAACAGAUGUGACCUUCAAAGUUGAACAAGAAACAUUUGCUGCACACAGGGCAGUGCUUGCUGCAAGGUCAUCGGUCUUCCAGAAGCAGCUCAGUGAACCCAUGAAGAAGAAGAGCCACAUAACCAUCAAUCGCAUGGAACCGACAGUUUUCAAGGCUCUGCUCCAUUUCAUUUACACUGAUUCCUUGCCUAAGAUGGAUGAUCUCGAUAGAGAUGAAAAUAAUGCUGUGCUCCAGAGUCUACUUGCAGCUGCGGAUCAGUAUGAUUUAGAGAGGUUGAAGCUUAUGUGUGCACGCAUUUUGUGCACGGACCUUGAUGUGGAGAAUGUGGCUGGUGUGCUGUGGCUGGCUGAUAAGUACAACUGCCAGAAGCUUAAAGAAGCUUGCGUCGAUUUUAUAGAUUCUUCCAACAGAAUCGAUGCUGUGGUGGCAAGCCAAGGGUACCAGCUUUUGAAAAGAAGUUCUCCCUGUCCAUUAACAGAUGCUUGGGAGAAGAGGAGCCGUGCUCGCAUAAGCUUUCGUUAGAGGACAAGUAAAAGCUACAAUGCUACAUGCUGAAUUCUUUUGCCAACAAAAGGACCAGUUCUACCAAAAAAAAUGUAAUGUGCUUAUCUAGAUCCCUAUGCUCCGAGAAAUCAUCAAGCAAUCUGCACUGGCAACUCUUUAGCUUAUUGCUAGAAACUGUUAAUGUCAUGUUGGCCAUGCAUGUGUAGCUGUGAAAUGUUGGUCUUAGAUGCAUUCCUGGGUCAAGUUAUCUGUCGAUUUAGCGAAUAUGCUCUAGCAAGUAUGUUCUGAAUGAUGUGCAAUCAUUUAUGUUAAUUCACUACCUGUUUUGGUUUGGUC